AUGACAAACCUCAACAUUCCAUUUCCAUCCAUUCCACCACCACAAUUAAAUGAGCAACAACAACUAAAUUAUCAGCAACAACAAGUAAAUAUUCCACCAUCAAAUAUUCAACCAAAAGCUCCAAGAGUCAUUCCACUUCCUAUCGAACAAGAACAAUUAACUUUACAACAAAAUUAUGUUUCACAAGCGAGAUGGAUUCCAGUGGCUAACCUCAUCAUGUCAUCUAAAUAUCACGCUUGUUCGAAUAUGGUUCAUAAUUUAUCUGAAGGUGAUGCAAAGGAAGGUUUUUCUGGUGUUUGUACAACCGAUGCAACUAAUCGUGAGUUUAUUCAAGUUUCGUUUAGUUCAGAUCAUUCAAUGGUUGCUCAAAUUACAAGAAUGAUUAUUAGACCAUGUAUUAAAGAUACUUGGGGACCUCAAUAUCUUGAUGGUUGUUCAAUUGAAUACAAAUCAGGUCAAUCAGAUUGGCAAUUUCUUUGUAAAAUUAAAUUGGAUUCAAAAGGAGUGAUGGAUAUUACUUCACCUCAACCAAUUCCAAUUUCAACAUUGAGAAUUACUCCAUCCACAACAAGUAAUUAUAUUGGAUUGGGUACAUGGAAGUUUUAUGGAAUUUUAAGUGAGACACGUUCUUUAUUUAAUGAAUUUUAUAGAGAACCAUUAACUGGAUUGACUUUGAAGGAUGAAUUUGGAAAUGAAUUAAGUCAAUUGUAUUGUCUUUCUUAUCAAUUAUUAAUGAGUAGUUAUUAUGGAAAGGGUGUAGCAAAUACAUUCUUUGAAUUGAUGAAUGAUGCAAAUGAUAAGACAGGUGCUGCAACAUUUCAAGAAUUAGAUCCAUACAUUCAAGCUAAUUUGAAAAGUCCACAAUAUAUUACACACCUCCUUGUUAAGCCAUAUGCUGCCAGUGGUUGGGGAUUUAAAUAUUUAGAUAAUGCAUGGGUUCAAUAUUCUAAUGAUGGAAUUGAAUGGGAAAAUGUGAUAAAAAUUACAGAUGCAAAUAGACAUGUCUAUACUUUACCAUUCCCAAUUAAAUCAGCAUAUUGGAGAAUUUGUAGAGAAGGUAUUGAACAUUUGGCAGUUUCUGCUUUCAAGUUAUACACUCUCAAACCAUUUUACAAUUUUGCUAGUGCUCCUGUCUCAUUACCACAAAAUGAAAUUCGAUUCAGACCUCAAAUAUCUUCAUGUUAUUCAGGUCUUUCCCUUUCCUAUGAAGGUUUUCAAGAUGAGAGUGGUGCAUUUGGAUGUGGAACUGAGAAGGGAUCAUCUCACUACUUGUUGGCCACCUUUGAUCAAUUGUACGAUAUCAAAUUAAUCAAGAUUAGAUCUUUAAGAGAUGGUUCUUGGGGUGCUUCCUAUUCUGAGAAGAUCAAAAUCCAAUACUCUGAGAAUGGAGUGGAAUGGUAUGAUUUCAGAAGUGCUGAUUUCAAUCAUGAAGAUUUAAAGUUUAUCUAUGCAAAUCCACCAAUCUGUGCAAGAUUUGUCAAAUUGGUUCAAAAUGAGGAAUAUAUGGGUGUUGGUACUCUCAAAUUUUAUGGAGAUAAAGUUUAAUUAUCAUAUC